AUGAACAUACCAGUGAGGGAGGGCGAGACGAUCGAGGGGUCCCGUCGCGCAGCGUUCGGCGCGAUGCCGGAGUGGGAGAAUGCGAGGGUGCCCGUGCCAGAGGGCGCGUACCCGCUGUUUCUGACAAACACGACGCAGGCCAACUUCAAGUGCCGUGAGCGCGAGGAUUGCACCUCCGCCCAGCCGUACGUCUUUGUCUCCAAGAAGGUUUUCCUCGACGACAUUCAGUUCCGCGGCGUCAUCUCCGAUUUUCAUCCGACCAAAAAGUACAUUGAGAAAUACCCUGACGGAGUGGACGUGCAGGAGGAUGGCACGUCAGGGCUGCUGCUCGUCUGGGACGAGGACGAGGACUACGGGCAGAACUUCUACCUGGUGCACUCUGUGGAGCUCAAGGAGGCGGUCGUCGCCAAGUGGGCGGCUGCCGGCGAAGGCGAUGCCGCGGGUGAAAGCGUCUCCAAGCCGUGGGUGUCGCUCGGGUCGGAGCAGGAGCUUGAGAACGAGGCUGUGGUCGAGGGGCGCGGCCGUUUCAUCUUGCACCUCUCGCGGGCGCGCCGCCUCUUUGGCGCAAAGCCGCGGGCAUUCUUCGACCGCGACGCCGACGCCGACCCUUGCAUCAGCGAGAAUGAUUGCCGCCCCUUCACAGACCUGAAGUUUGGAGGGUUGGUUCGCGAGGACCGAUCGGUGGGAGUGCAGGCGGUUCCCCUGGUUGCGCCAGCCGCGACUCAAACAAACAGCCGGCGUCAGGUCAAUGUGGCGGCGCAAUACGACGCGCGCGAGCUGAGUGCGGGAGCACGGAGGGCAACGGAGCGAUCCGAGCCCUUCCGCGCAUUCCUGCGACGGGUGCGCGCGCCGUGCGAGCAAGCGCUGCAGCAGAACGAGCUCCGCCUCGUCGAGCUCGCCCUGCGCCUCCUCCUGCGCCUCGAGUAA